UCUCACUUUACUUCACUCCAUCCAUCACACAACAAUGGCAGCGACGACAGCGUACGCGGCCUACGUCAAGCCCCUCGGCGCAUACUACGCCUACGUGCCCACCCUCCUCUCGCCCGUGCACCCGAGCUACCUCCCUAUCGGCCCGCUCGAUGUCGUCGGUCUCAUGAGGUUGUCGUCGGUCGUCAACUGGGUAGCGAGUGAUACCAAGGGAAAGCCAAGGGCAUCGGCGCUGCAAGAAGUGUUCGGCAUCUGGGUGGUGAUGUGCGGUGCGGAGACCUUCCUCGCCCUCGCGACCGGCGUCACCCCGCCAUGGCUCCUCAACCCCACCUUCCCCAUCGUGGCGGCGGUGAUGCACCUCGUCAACACGCGCACGCCGCUCAUCAAGCUCCUCCCCGAGAAGCCCACCCUCGCGCUCGAGCUCAUUGCGGCCGUGCCUGACGCCAUCGGUCGUGUGCUCCUCUGCACGCGCUUCACGACCCUGCCCAUCCUGUACCCCGGCAGCUCGUGGCUCAACCUCCCCGCGACGCCGAGCACGCUCCUGCUUGUGCCCUUCAUCUUCGCCGUUCCCUUCGCCGCGUUCGCUUUUACCGGUGGCAACCUGUUCGCGCCAGAGGUCAAGUUGACCACCCCGGCCGAGCUGCGUCCGUGGGGCUGGACGGCGGUCGACGCGUGGAUCCCGCUCUUCAUCACGACGCUGUUCCUCAUGCUCAUCGGCCCCAAGAAGGGCUGGCGUUACGGGUUCGGCACGUACCUCGAGGAGGACGCCGCGAUUGUUGUGUGCGCGAUUGUCACAAUUGUCAUCUUUGAAGCGCGUGCCAUUUGGAACUUUGCCCCCCGGCCCAAGAAGAGCGGCAAGAAGUCGAAGAAGUCGAAGAAGGUGGAGAAGGAGAAGGCCAAGGCGGAGUGAGCGGGCAUGAACGUGCGAGCACGCGCGGGUGGGAGGAGUGGGAGUGGAAGUGGGGGUGUGGAGAGUGUCUGUCCCUCAGCUGGACAGUGGCUCGGCGCGGCGCAGCCACACGGCCAUCGGAGCGCCAGGCGGCCCUCCGCCCGACGAGCACGACAACUCAUAGGUCAGCGGCGGACAAGGCUCCGCCUUCAUCUUGGGCCGACGGGCGUCAUACACGAUAUAGAAAAUGUAGAUGUGGCGUGGCGAUGAAGUGUGGUGUUGUGGGUCGCGUUGUCAAACCAACCCACUAUGCGCGGCUCGAUGGUGGGUCGGGGCGAGGCAGGAGUGGGUCGUGCACGCUUCACGGGGCUCUAGGAAGCCCAGAUACCGUCCACUCGGCCGUGUUGGAC